CGUGCCCCGGGCCCGGCAGGCUGGCCCCUCGCGUGCCGUUGGUCCGGACAGGCCGGAGGGCGCGGAGCCGGCUUGGGGCCCGAUGGAGGCGGCUCUGCCGCUGCGCCCGGUCUAUGUCUGUAGCCCAGAGUACCUGGCGCUGUGCGACUCGCUCUGCAAAGUGCCUAAACGGGCCAGUAUGGUGCAUUCUUUGAUUAAAGCAUAUUCCUUACUUGACCACAUGAGGAUAGUCAAGCCCAAAGUGGCUUCCAUGGAGGAGAUGGCAAGCUUUCACACUGAUGCCUAUCUGCAGCACCUCCAGAAGGUUAGUGAGGAGGGGGAUGAUGACCACCCGGAAUCCGUGGAGUAUGGACUGGGUUAUGACUGUCCAACCACUGAAGGUAUCUUUGACUAUGCAGCAGCUGUAGGAGGGGCCAGCAUCACAGCAGCCCAGUGUCUGAUGGACGGCAAGUGCAAGGUAGCGAUUAACUGGCCUGGAGGGUGGCAUCAUGCAAAGAAAGAUGAAGCUUCUGGCUUUUGCUACCUAAAUGACGCCGUCCUGGGCAUCCUGCGGCUGCGUCAGAAAUUCGACCGUAUCCUCUAUAUUGACUUGGACUUGCAUCAUGGGGAUGGUGUGGAAGAUGCCUUUAGUUUCACCUCCAAAGUCAUGACUGUGUCUCUGCAUAAGUUUUCACCAGGAUUUUUCCCAGGAACAGGAGAUGUGUCUGACAUUGGCCUGGGGAAGGGGCGAUAUUACAGUGUCAACGUACCUAUCCAGGAUGGCAUUCAGGACGAGAAAUAUUACCAGAUCUGCGAGACUGUGUUGAAGGAGGUGUACAUGGCAUUCAACCCGGAAGCAGUAGUUCUGCAGCUGGGAGCGGAUACGAUAGCCGGGGACCCCAUGUGUUCAUUUAACAUGACUCCAGUGGGGAUUGGAAAGUGUCUGAAGUACAUUCUCCAGUGGCAGCUGGCUACUCUCAUCCUGGGAGGAGGAGGCUAUAACCUUGCCAACACAGCCCGCUGCUGGACAUACUUGACUGGGGUCAUCCUGGGGAGAACGCUACCCUCCGAGAUCCCAGAUCACGAGAUCCAGAUGGAGCCUAUUUCUUCAAACCAUUUUACCAAGACACACUGUGUGCACCCUCUCAGUACAGCUUCUUGGGGGCAGUGAGCCAGUCAACAGGAAUCUUUUAAAAUGUCUUUCAUUAGCCUACUUCAGGUCCUGAACAAAAACAUGAACUGAAAGUGGUAAUGUUGCAGACUUGAUUAACAAGAGAAGCGUGUUCAGUGACUGAAUUGUUUGCAUUACUGAUUGCAAGUAUCCAGGCAGAGAAGUGUGUGGAGAAGGAAAGCACAUGCAUCAGUGUGCUAGGCUAUUUGCUAAACCUAUAAGAUGGCUGGAUCCCUGCUUUAAGGAAUUUAAAAUGUAAAUUACAGAGGGCCUGGUAUAGGCAUGAAAUAUAUCAGAGGAAGGUGCAGUCUCAAAUGAGUUUUAAUGAGCUCUCAGCCAAGCAUCUUGUGGCCUAUGUGCUACAUCAUGUCCUUUCAGGGCUUAUUUAGCAAGACAAACCUUGAAAAGUAGAUCUUGCUGCACGGGACAGUGUGUUCAUUCUGCACCUGCAGUGACUGAAUUGUUUGCAUUACUGAUUGCAAGUAUCCAGGCAGCAGCAAGCCUGCAACGCAUUCAGUCCCAGGGCCACAAAGCAGCUUUAGUGGGGCGUAUUGAGCUCUGCAUGUGGGGGGAGAUGGGGGGUGGGGGAGGAUGUUGGCAUCUUAUUGAAAGGGACCGACAGCCAGUGACCACCACAGGGGGAGGUAAUAAUAUAGGGCACUUCUACGGCAGGAGGAGGUCCUGUGGCAGACAAAGUCGCUGUAGCCAGUUUGUAUAGGUCUUCAUUCUCUUAUUCAAUCUUUUGUGCUCUUUUCAUGACCAGGGAUCAAAGAAACACUGCUGUGGUCCUGCUAAGAUACCACAAACAGAACCUAGUCAUUUUACUGAGGCGCCCCCUCCCCUUCUCCCAGAGCCCCGGGGAGCAGCAACUCAGCACUGUCUGGGGAACAAAAGAGACUUUGUACCUGCUGAAUAAACUCCACUCCACUCCCCACUCUACCAGCUGCCACUGUGCUCCCAGAAGUGAGCAAACAGGAGGCCUGCCUUUCCAAGACCAUGCAAGGGGUUUGGGGCGGGGAAGAGAGAGAUUUGCAUUUAGGACGACAAAAAAAAAAAAAAAAAAGCCAUCACAAAGCCUGAUUGUAAGCAUAGUGUAGUCCUUUUGUUGUUUCUCCUGUGUGUGUUGGGGCUUGUUCUAGUGUCUCCUUGCUGCUUGGUGCCUUCUACCUAUGAGGCUGGCUAGCCCCUGGGAUUGCAUUUUAAAAAAUGAAACUAUUCAAUGAGGAUGAGGCAAACGGGGAGCCCUCUUCUGAAGUCAACUUUUCUGCCCCACCACUGGGCGAACUUUCAUUCUAACCCUGCACAACAUGUCUGGGACUUUCCUUCUACUGAGCUACAAAUGGAGUUUCCUUUAUAUCUCAGCUCACUGCAAGGGGGGUUGAUCUCUUACUUCCUGUCCUAUACCUGUGCAACCUUAAUUCAGGCCCCUUGUGCAUACACAUUAUGAUGCAGUCUUUAGUUAUUAUUAUUUAGUAUUUUCCACUGAAUGCAUCCGAUGAAGUGAGCUGUAGCUCAUGAAAGCUUAUGCUCAAAUAAAUUUGUUAGUCUCUAAGGUGCCACAAACGCUCCUUUUCUUUUUUCUUUAGUUACAUGAUUACAUACUGUUUUUUCCACAGGGCCCCUACCUUAUGGGCUUUUUCUGUGAGCCAUAGAGAGAGUAAAUUGUGGGUGGCUGAUAUGAGAUUCCUAGGACUUAAUUUUACAGACUACUUAGCAUUACAUAGCACUUUAUAUUUUCAAAGCACAGCUUCUAUUGAUUUCAGCUGCAAGUGCUCAGCACUUCUGUAAAUCAGAUCCCUUUCUCUUCCCAAAGUUCUCUCCCUCAUUCAUGACACACCUUCCAACUUCUGCAACAAGCAAGGCAGGGGUCCUACAGACAGCAGCCUUCUUCAGGUCACAGCCCAAGUGUCGACCCAGAGCACUGUCCAUCCUGGGUGCUGAAUGAGGCGGGGGGCCUGUGGAAAAAUAGUAUCCAUAAAACAAAUCCAGAGAAGUGAGGUCUAAAUUGAUGUGAGUGUUUGCACCACUUUAAUUGAAUCACUUUAAACCAGUGUGACUUCUGCAUGUCCACCAUCCCUAAGAACUGUGCUGCUCAACAGACCUCUUCCAUACAGCCAGCAUUUGAAGAGGGCAGUAGUUAGCCCUAUGACUAAUUGGAAUAUAGUGGCAUUGGGCCCACCCUGCUAAACCUAGGAGUCCACAUGUAGCAUUUAGGUCACUCUCUACAUGGAAAAAUGUUUUUAUUAGGAGUGACAGAGCAAGACUGAAGGUUGCCAGCAGGUAAAAUUGAGCUGGUAACAAUCACUAAUGGCUUCUCUAAAAACCAGGUUCACUGAAAUUAGAGAUUUGGGGAGACGGAGGGAAGCAUACUGGGGUAGGUCUUAUCUAGCCCUCCCCGCAAAAGCGAACUCUGGCCACUGCACGAAUGAGCCCGUCAGUUGACUCUCUAGGGCUUUAUUCAAUUUUAGAUGAUGGAAGCAAUGAGGUUUCCACCACUUCCCUUAGGAAAAUAUUCCUCCUUUGAAAAGAUUUCCGUAACGGGAAAUGCUCAGAUAUGCUGCUUGAUUCCCUUUGUUUAAUUUCAUCCUACUAUCCCAUUCCCCUUUGGACCAAACUGUCCUUUGUGUUUACACCCUUCACAUCUCCACCAUCUCUUUGUUGUUCAGUGCGCACUCCGUUCUAACCUUUCCUCCACCAGUAAAUCUUUCUUUCUUUCAAAUCAACAUUGUGAUUUAAUAGUUAUACUUUUUUGUGGACAAAUAAAAUGUGACGUGUGCAUCUGCUCCUGAUGAACCUGGGAAUGACUCCUCCCUCCUGUCAACUUGCAGUUUAAUCUACAGGACACUGGGCAAUGGGUACACUGGAAUUUCCAUUAGGAGGAAGCUCAUCAGUGUUCUGAACUCCUGCUACUGCACAGAAAAGCUGAUGAUGAUGUCAGAAUAGUGGGAGUGAUAUUUUCCUAGCUAACCAGAGAGCUGUCCUUGGCCAUUUCUGACCACUCCGUCCCUGCCUGGCUGAGUCUGUCUGGCAAAAAGAUUUUGUACUAGGGCUGCAGCAGCAAUAAAAUGCCCACUUUAUUGACACAGCUUUUAACAUAUACAGGUUAAUGGUAACGUAAGUCCUGGUUUCCAGAGCAACACCACUUCUAAACCUCAGGAGCUUUGCUACUGAACCCUAAGAGAUGGGCAGUUGUUUCCAAGGAUGGAAAGCUCUGUAAAUACAGCUACAGAACCCCCUGCAAGGUUCUUAGCAACUUUUGACAACUAAUUAAAGACUGUUAUCUUUAGAAGCUGCAAGGCCAUUCCCGGUGGGAUGGCAAGAGAGCAGAGAUAAUCUGCCUGUCCUGUGCAAUCUACAUUUGGACUUACAGGCUUCCUUCACCUAUUGUACAUCCCGUUCAUCACAAGAGAUCAAAAGACGCAACUCAGCCCCAGCAGCCUGUGGGUGUGUCUUCACUGCAUCGUGAACUCAAGCCCUUACUCUGGUGUUGACACUAUCCCAGCUCCUGUCCACACCCACAAACCUCUGACCUGAGGGGUGCUAGUGCUUUAUACCCAGACUAGCUGGCCGAGCUGAGGAUAUGGGCUAGAGCCUGGGUGCAGCUUUCACUCAGGCUGGUAACCUGCCCACUUUGCAGUGAGGCUGCAGGCUAAGUCGCAUGGAUGCUGCUAGUCCUUCAGUGCUGCCUCACAGUUCCCUCUGUGCCAGAAGGACAGACAUGUUCUUCCACAAUUUGCUGGGAGAUAAUCAUAGAGCAGCUCAGCUCACUGCAGCAAAAAGACCCAUGGGAUAUGCCCCCAGCAGUCCUAGUGCCACGCAGAGGAGUGCAACGCCAACAUGGACUCAGUGGAAUGGGCACACUCAGGCAGGGCUUUGCAAUGUCUCUGCUCUCACUGAGCUAGGUUAGCCCAAGUGCUUAGAGCUGAGUGCCCGUCACCAGCAUUAACGCUGCAGUGAAGCUAUAUCCUAGGGCGAAGCAAUUCAAGUGUUGUUUGGGGUUUCUCCCCCCAGUCUGCUCUGUAGGUGCCCCUGAAUGGAGAGGAGAGAUAGAGAGCUGGAGCCAGAGGACUCCUUACUGAUGUAAGCUAGGGACUUGUUUACACAGGGCGUGCUACCUGUUUUAACUGUAGAGAAAUUUCUUGUACAGACAAACCCUAAAUCAGUACAAGCAAGUUGCAAACCAGUUGAGGUGUGUCCACAUAUGGGUUUGCACCAGAUUAACUCAAAUCAGUUUUUAAGAACAAGAACAUAAGAAUGGCCAUAGUGGGUGAGACCAAUGGUCUGUCUAGCUCAGUAUCCUGUCUUCCGACAGUGGC